CUCUCAUUAUUUCUACAUCACAAACAUAAUCAAGAAACCCAUUUCAGUAUUCUUUCGUAUCCUGCUUUUGCAUUUCAAAAUGGGUAGUGAAACAAAGUUGAGCAGCUUGAAGGAUAAAAGAUGGUCACUACAUGGUAUGACUGCCUUAGUGACAGGAGGAACUAGAGGAAUUGGGUAUGCAAUUGUGGAAGAGUUGGCCGAAUUUGGAGCAGCUGUGCAUAUAUGCGCCCGCAAUGAAGAUGAUAUUAAUAAAUGUUUGGAAGAAUGGAAAAGUAAGGGGUUUAAUGUAACAGGAUCGGUAUGUGAUAUAAUAUAUCAUGAUCAACGUGAAAAAUUAAUGGAAACUGUUUCUUCUAUCUUUCACGGAAAGCUCAAUAUUUUGAUAAACAAUGCUGCGAAACCGAUGACGAAGAAAAUAAUAGAUUAUAGUGAUGAAGAUAUAACAAGUACAAUUGGUACCAAUUUUGUGUCUGGCUAUCAUUUGUGUCAACUUGCAUAUCCACUUCUGAAACAAUCUGGAUAUGGAAGUGUAGUAUUUACUUCGUCCGUUGCAGGUUUAAAAGCUAUUCCGACUUUAUCAGUUUAUGCUGCCACAAAAGGAGCGGUGAAUCAAUUCACAAAGAACUUGGCGUUAGAAUGGGCAAAGGAUAAUAUUCGUGCAAAUGCUGUGGCACCUGGACCUGUCAAGACAUCACUUUUGGAAUCUAUCAUGGAUGAUUCUGAAGGGGGUGAAGCUAUAGCUGGUAUAGUAUCUGAAACACCUACAGGUCGAAUGGGAGAGCCUAAAGAAAUAUCAGCACUAGUUGCUUUUCUUUGUCUUCCGGCUGCAUCACACAUCACAGGACAAGUUAUAGCUAUUGAUGGAGGUUAUACUUCUAAAGAAAUGGCAGAAACAAAGUUGAGCAGCGUCAAAGAUAAAAGAUGGUCACUCCAAGGCAUGACAGCCCUAGUGACUGGUGGAACCCGAGGCAUAGGGCAUGCAAUUGUGGAAGAGUUAGCAGAAUUUGGAGCAAGUGUGCAUAUAUGUGCAAGAAAUCAAGAAGAUAUUAACAAAUGUUUAGAAGAGUGGAAAAGUAAAGGAUUUUGUGUGACAGGGUCAACUUGUGAUUUACUGUAUCGUGACCAACGUGAAAAAUUAAUGAAAACUAUUGCUUCCAUCUUCAAAGGAAAACUCAAUAUUCUAGUAAACAAUGCUGGGAUAUUUACUCCUAAAUUCAUCUUAGAUUACACCGAUGAAGAUAUAACAACUACACUUGGUACCAAUUUUGUGUCUAGUUAUCAUUUGUGUCAACUUGCACAUCCACUUCUAAAACAAUCUGGAUAUGGAAGUGUAGUAUUCAUAUCCUCAAAUUCAAGUCUCAAAGCCUUGCCUUUAUGUUCUGUCUAUGCAGCCUCUAAAGGAGCUAUAAAUCAGUUCACUAAGAACUUAGCAUUGGAAUGGGCAAAGGAUAACAUUCGUGCUAAUGUUGUGGCACCAGGACCUGUGAUGACCAUACUUUUGGAGAAUGCUUUGAAAUCAACUGUCGGAGUGGAUAAUGCUGUAGAAGGUAUAGUGUCACAAACACCUGAUGGCCGUUUUGGUGAACCCAAAGAUAUGUCAGGAUUGGUUGCUUUUCUUUGUCUUCCAGCUUCUUCGCACAUAACUGGACAAAUUAUAGCUGUAGAUGGAGGUUUCACUAUUUAAGUUUUCUAGCAUGAUUUCAAACUACACUAUAUUAGACAAAAGAGUUAUCUAGCUAAGGCAAUUUUUCCUAAGCUUGAAAACUUUAAAAUAAUUAGUAGCGGUUGUUUCAAAAGAGUUAGCAUUCUAGCCUUCAAACUAGAGGUUAAUAUUUUUAUUGCAAUAGUUUGAAUUUUAUUUAUAUAUAUUUAUGUUAUUUGUUGCCAUAA